AGUCAUACUCCUUCACUCAGUCACUCUCCCCUCGCCAGUGACGUCCACCACUGCAAACAUUUGCUGCCUGCCAGACCCCCCUUCCUCUCAGUCACGAUGACCCGCACCCUCUGCUUGAGCCUCCCGCUGCUGCUGCUGCUGCUGCUGCUGCUGCUGUCCCUCUCCUGUCCCGCUCGAGCCGAGCCGAGGCGGACUACCGCGGCCGCCCAGCGCAGGGCGCCCCGCGCGCCGGCCGCCAAGGUGCGCUUGGCGGGCAACUAUCAGCGAGAAGCGCACGAGGGGCGCGUGGAGGUGCUGCACAACAACACGUGGGGCACCGUGUGCGACGACGAGGUGGACAUCAAGCUGGCCAACGUCGUGUGCCGAGAGCUGGGCUACCAGAGCGGCAUCACGUGGGCUCACAGUGCCAAGUACGGCGAAGGAGCGGGCCCAAUAUGGAUGGACAAUGUACGCUGUGACGGCUCAGAGAAGUCCCUGAAGGACUGCAAACACAACGGUUGGGGGGUGAAUGACUGUAAACACUCUGAAGACUUGGGGGUGGUGUGCAGCACUGAGCGCAGGCUGGAUCAAACAGCCAGCAGAGGCCACACCACCAUCGCCAGGCCCAACGGCAGCCCCGCACCUCAGUGGCAGGGACUAGUGGCCUCCCGUGGGCGUCAAGGAUAUGGCUAUUAUGGAAAUGGACACCCUCAUGAGAUCCCCAGAUUCCAAAGACACUACCCGAAUAACAGGAAGGUGCAAAUCGAAGAGGUCCGUCUUCGCCCCAUCCUCAUGGCUUCCAAGAAGAAGAGCCUGGUCACAGAGGGUGUAGUGGAAGUGAAGCAUGCUGGGAGAUGGAGGCAGGUGUGUGACAUGGGUUGGAGUCUCAACAGCAGCCGGGUUGUGUGCGGGAUGCUCGGCUUUCCAGAGGCAACUAAGCACAAUGUCAAAACAUACAAGAAAAUAUGGGACACCAAGGUUGCAGAUCCUUCGACAAGGUUGAGCCUCAUGGCAAAGAAGAAGGGAUUCUGGGUAGAAAAAAUUCACUGUCUUGGAACUGAGAACACCCUGUCAGAGUGCCUUGCUCAGCUGUCGAUCCCCCGUAGUCCCACCCCUUGUAAGAACGGGAGACAUGCAGUGGUCAAGUGCAUACCAGGACCUCAGUUUGCUCGCAUCUCCUCAGGAAGACCCCAGGCCCCAUAUCCAGUUGUGCCUGUGCGACUGAAGGCUGGCCCCAGGCUGGGAGAGGGUCGCGUGGAGGUGCUCCGAGACGGUAAAUGGGGGACCAUAGUGGACCACAUGUGGCAAAGAACUGCGGCCAGCGUGGUCUGCAGAGAACUGGGUUUCGGUACCGCCAAGGAUGCCCUUGCUGGAGCCUUUAUGGGUCAAGGCACGGGGCCUAUCCACAUGAACAGUGUCCAGUGUAUGGGCUCAGAGCGCUCCAUCCUGGACUGCUACUUCCAGGAAGUUCAACCAUGGACAUUUAAACACACCCAGGAUGCCUCCGUGCGCUGUAACGUUCCUAAGACUGGCAUAGAGAAAACGGUGAGGCUUGCUGGUGGUAGAGUCCCAUCAGAAGGCCGUGUGGAGGUGUUGAUGGAGGUUGGUGGACGCAAGCGAUGGGGCGCCGUCUGUAGUGAGAACUGGGGCAUCAACGAGGCCAUGGUGGUAUGCAGACAGCUCGGCCUGGGCUUCGCUGCCAGCGCUCAUCAGGAGACUUGGUACUGGUCUGGUGACCCAAAUGCAGCUGAAGUGAUUCUCAGCGGCACUCACUGCGUGGGCACAGAGCUUUCGGUUCAACAGUGUCGUCGCAACAACCAUGUCCAUUGUCCUCGAGGAGGAGGAAAUAAGGCUGCUGGUGUCAGCUGCUCAGAAACGGCACCUGACCUUGUUUUGGAUGCACAGCUGGUCCAGGAGACAGCCUACCUGGAAGACCGACCCCUGCACCUGCUGACCUGUGCCAAUGAGGAGAAUUGUCUGUCCUCGUCCGCUGCCAGGAUGAACUGGCCUUACGGCCACCGCCGGCUGCUGCGCUUCUCCUCCCGCAUCAUGAACAUGGGCCGGUCCGAUUUCAGACCCAAAGCAACAAAAGAGAGCUGGACGUGGCACCAGUGUCACAGGCACUAUCACAGCAUCGAGGUGUUCACACAUUAUGACCUGCUGACUCUGAAUGGCACAAGGAUUGCAGAGGGACACAAGGCCAGUUUCUGUCUGGAGGACACGUACUGCCCCGAUGGACUCCAGAAGCGCUUCUCCUGCUAUAACAUGGGUGAUCAGGGUAUCUCCGUGGGCUGCUGGGAUACGUAUCGCCACGAUAUCGACUGUCAGUGGGUUGAUGUGACGGAUGUGCGCCCAGGAGACUACAUCUUCCAGGUGGAAGUCAACCCCUCGAUGGACAUGGCGGAGUCUGACUUUAUGAACAAUGUCAUGAGAUGUCGGUGCAAAUACGACGGCAGCAGAGUGUACAUGUAUGGAUGUCAUGCAGGUGAUGCAUACAGCGCAGAGACUGAAGACCUGUUCGAACACCAGAGGCAAAUCACCAACAACUUUAUCUAGCCCAACCCAGCGCCCAGUACGAAGGCCUUCCAGUGGGGCCCAGAGACUACUCAGGGUGGGUUGAGGUCGAUGGCCCCUGGCCCUUGGGACCUUAGGACCCACAAUAACAGAGAACACACAAAAUGGCGCCUGUUCAUCUUCUUGACAGAUGUGGAUAAAACACUCACAGCAGCGACCAUUACAGAGACUCCACUGACAGACAAGAGUGGAACAGGUGCCAGUCGGCUCAACAUGUUUUUUUACUCUAGUUAAGUAAGAAGAUAUUGGAUAUUAAUUCAAACUAUACUGAGUUUUGUGAAUGUGGAUGACUAGUAACUUAAGUUGGUUAUUCAAAACGUAUACACACGAAUGACCUUAUUGUCCCUAUAACUUAUCCGUCACCAAGACAAGAGGGAAGCCGAUGCUUUUGGGAAAUCUUAUCCCUAAGUUAGGAGAUGAAAAAAGAAAAAAGAAUUUGAUUUCUUGCAAAAAGUACUUUACUGUUGCAUUACUUCAAUAUUGGUGCUCUUUAACAAAACUGUAUCUUGUUAUAUUGACCUCACUAUGUUUCAGGCAAACAGUGUUCUACACUGCAUUUUUGGUAGUUUAACAUCACAUUUAAUUAGCUACUAUUGCUUUGGUUUUAAUAAAAAUCGUUGUUUUAUAAAGGUUUAGUCAUGCUACAAAGUUUUGCCUCUCAUCUAGAGUAGGUAAGAAGAGGUCAAAUCAUUUCUAUGGAACAAAGCACUUUAUCUUUUAAACAUCAGUAUUCUAGUUUGGCCCCCGUACUUUUUGAACUAGCCACCAAAUUGACUUAUUUGCAUUUGUUUUCUAAAAAUUACUAUCUCGUGUUUUACACUUCAGAAAGUGAAAUAUAAGGUUUGUGUUUACUUUUCAUAUACAAUGUACUAUUUAUGCUGUAACUUUAUUUAUUCAUGGACUUCACACAUACACAGCAUGCUCAGUUUGUUAGCUAGUGCUUCAUUAACAAUAUGGAAUAUUUUGUUUUUCUGACAUAAUUAACGAGGGAGGAAAAAACGAUCCCAUGCAGUAGUUGCAUGACACAGUAUGAGACCUUCCCAUGAUGCAGAUGAAUAAUUGUUGAUUCAUUUUACUUUAGUUAUUAAAACAACUGUAACUGUACAGUUUCACUCUUCCAGUCACUCUGAUGGGAGGGAGAACCAGUCCGACAAAACCGCAGUAGUGUGGUAGGCAGGCAGGCAAGCAGGCUGGGUUUUGAGAGCAUAUAAAAAGCCUUUUAAUUACGUAUGUUUGGGUUAGACUUAAGGUUAUGGUUAAGGUUAAAGCUAUAGCAUGUGCUUUAAAGAGACACUAUGGAAUUGUUACUUAUGGAAGGAGCGAGAAUCUCGACCUACCACCUUACGCAAUGUACAAGAGAGAUUCUGAGUAUCUGAGAGAUUUGAUCAGGGAGAUUGAAAGAUUGAAAGAAAGACUGAGAAAGUAAAAUAGAGAGAGAGAGAGAGAGAGAGAGAGAGAGAGAGAAAGAGUGAGAGAGAGAGAGAGAAAGAGAGAGAGGUAAGACAUUUUCUAGACAGACUUAUGCAGACAUACAAUUUUUACUACCAGAUCUGCCUUUUUGUAGGCAGCCAUACAGAGACCGCAAGCUGGCAUUUUCAGCUCCCCAACGAGAACAACAUGUUUGGCUGAGAGAGAAAAAUAAACUCCUCAAUUCAUGCUUCCACUCAGUAAACAGUGGCCUUAUUUGUACCAAAGCCGGGCCUGCUGAAACAUAAUGCGUCUCUCUACACUCUCUUUGCUAAUGUUUUAGCUCCUCACCAAACAGUGAUGCCUCCAAAUCCAUUCAUUACAUUACUUUACAACGUGGAACUUGUGUUACAACCGUGUUGUUGUACCCCAUUAAUGUGUUUCAUGUGUUUUGCUUAUGGUCUGAGUGGUUAAACCUAAGAUGGGUUUUCUAAUGGACAAAUUGUGGAAAGGACACGUCACUCAUUAAGAGACAAUUGUCGACUUGGUUGAUGUCUUCAGCAGACUGUCUUCCUCCUCACUGGGCCUUCGUGAAUUCAACUCAGCAGAGAAGGCUGAGGAAGAAUUUGUGGAUCGGUAGAAUAAUCUUUCAUAAUCAGGGUCAGCCAUUUUAUUACAAACUGUUGGAGAUGCAACUGUUAGAAGAUAGAGCUGAGAGUCUCAAAUGAGUGUUUGCUGAUAUGCUUUUCUGUUGUUUUGUGCUUGUGUACAGUUGCUCUUGACAUAUAAACAUGGUCCGCUCUGUGUGUUAUUUAAAAUUAUAUAUCAACCCAUAGCUCAAGGUGGUUCACAUUCACCACUCUCGUCACAUUACUGUAUUUGUGACCCAUGCUGUAUGCAGACUGGGACAUUUUUUUUAUUUUCAUGGCCAGUCAUGUUUCUAUUUUGUCUUUAAAGCUGAGAGUGUGAGCUACAUGGUGCUUAUCUACGGUCACAUUCAUAGAAAAGCUGUGCUCUCAGGGACUUUGAACUCAUCUAAAGAGUAAAAGAAAAAUAACAUGUCGUUUUGAUGUGAUUUAGCUUGCUUUUAGCUGUGAUGCAUACAUGAUGACACCAAAUGAACUGGAGCUGUUUUUUGUUUUUUUUUUCGUUUUUCAGCGCUCUUACGAACA